GCGUUUCCACCCGGGAGGGGCUGUGGGGCUGCAGCUCCGGCGGUCCGGGGUCCUAGCCUCGCGAUUGCGGCUCGCUGGGAUGCUCCCGCGCGGGAAAAGCAUGGGCGACUCUGUGGGAGAGCGCGGUCGCCUCCGGCGCUACCCCAAGCUCCCAGUGUGGGUCGUGGAGGAUCACCAGGAGGUCCUGCCUUAUAUAUACCGGGCCAUUGGCUCAAAGCAUCUUCCUGCCAGUAACAUAAGUUUUGUGCAUUUUGAUUCACACCCAGACCUCCUUAUCCCUGUGAAUAUGCCAGCUGACACAGUGUUUGACAAGGAAACACUUUUCGGAGAAUUAAGUAUUGAGAAUUGGAUUAUGCCUGCAGUUUAUGCUGGCCAUUUUUCUCAUGUGCUGUGGCUUCAUCCCACAUGGGCUCAGCAAAUCAGAGAGGGCAAACAUCACUUUUUAGUAGGCAGAGACACUUCUACCACAACAAUCAGGGUUACAAGUACAGAUCAUUACUUUCUAAGUGAUGGUCUUUAUGUAACUGAAGACCAGCUAGAGAACCAAAAACCUUUACAAUUGGAUGUAAUUAUGGUAAAACCUUAUAAACCCUGUAACAAUCAAGAAGAAAAAGAUGCAGUGUCUUCUGCUAAGAAGCCAAAGCUAGCACUGGAAGAUGCAGAAAACACUGCCUCUACUAAGUGUGACUCUUAUUCAGAAGGACUGGAAAAGGACACAGUGACAGAGAGGAGGGACCAAACUUGCCUAGAGCAAUCAUGUUCCUGUUCUUCUGAAAGCCAAGAAUGUCAGACUACAGUCAGCACUGGGGAGAUUCUGGAAAUUUUGAAGAAAGGGGAUGCAUUUAUUUUAGAUAUUGACUUGGAUUUUUUUUCAGUCAAGAAUCCCUUCAAAGAAAUGUUCACUCAGGAAGAGUACAAAAUCUUACAAGAGUUGUACCAGUUUAAAAAACCUGGUACCAACCUGACAGAGGAAGAUUUGGUAGAUUGUGUUGAUACUCGAAUUCAUCAGUUAGAAGAUUUAGAAGCUGCUUUUGCUGAUUUAUGUGAUGGUGAUGAUGAAGAAACCAUACAGAAAUGGGCUUCCAACCCGGGAAUGGAAUCACUAAUUCCACUUGUACAGAGUUUGAAAAAACGGAUGGAAGUACCAGACUAUGAAAUGGUUCACCAGGCUGGUCUAACCUGUGAUUACUCAGAACUUCCUCACCACAUCAGCACAGAACAAGAAAUUGAGUAUCUUAUUCAGUCUGUAUAUUAUUUACUGAAAAAUUUACCAAAACCUACUCUUGUGACAAUUGCAAGGUCAAGUCUGGAUGAUUACUGUCCUUCUGAGCAAGUUGACACCAUUCAAGAAAAGGUCCUCAAUGUGCUAUGCUCCCUCUAUGGAGCUGUAGACGUUCAGCUAGUGUACUUAGCAGAAUGUUCUCCAUCUUGAAACAACAAAACACUAGGUUCCUAUUACAUCUUUUUUUUUUUUUUUUUUUAGGGUUUUCAUUAACUUAUUUGUAAAUGAGUCUUCCAGAAAAGACUUUGUUUUUAUAUUAACUUUAAGUUAAAAUCUUUCAGGUAUUUUGAAUCUCAAAACAGAUAUCAUCAGUUGUCAAAAGAUGACAAUUUUUUUGACAUCAAGUCUACUCCCCACAAUUGAUUGUUGCUUAUUUUUCUUCCUUUCCAUCAUUGUCUUCUUCAUUUUGUAAGGGUUGGUUUUUUUCCUCUUUUCCCCCUACGUCAAUUGGACUAUACAAAAUUCAUUCAUUUAUUCACUCAACCAACAUUUAUUGAGCACUUACAUGUGCCAAACGUAAUUAAGUGCUGGGUGUAUGGUAAUGAACAGAAUAAGACAGGUCCCCUGCCCUCUUAGGGGACAGCUAAGAAACAAAUUAUGGAUUAUGAGAAGUGUUAUGAAGGAAAGGACAACCGUAAACAUGUCUUAGGCAUGCUGUUAGUACUCAGGGUACCCUAGCUGUAUAAGAAAGUAACGUUCUC